AAUACUUUCUUUUCACCUAUUUCUUCGGCCAAUUCUAUAAGAACAUGUUCCUCUUGCUAGUUGCUUCCGUCCCACCGUCAGGGCUGAUCCUUCCGCAGCAGACCGGCGACACGAGCGGUUGAAUUAUCCACUUAUAUUGAAGCGAGUUAUAGCUUCUUCUUCUGUCUCUGCUCAAAUGAAGAACUUUUCAGCUAAGGUCGAGGAAGGAAGAGAAGGUGGAAAUGGGAAGCCAACAGUCGGUCCCGUAUAUCGAAACCUGCUCUCCAAACACGGGUUUCCUCCCAUGGAUCCCGAUUUGAACACCGCUUGGGAUAUUUUCGAUCAAUCUGUCAAGAAGCACCCCAAGAACCGGAUGCUGGGAUGGCGUGUUUUUACUGAUGGAAAGAUAGGGCCUUAUGCCUGGAAGACGUACGAGCAAGUUUAUGAUGAAGUUCUGGCAAUCGGCUCUGCUCUACAAGCAUCUGGCGCCGAACCCGGCUCCCGAAUUGGAGUUUAUGGGUCUAACUGCCCACAAUGGAUUGUGGCAAUGGAGGCUUGUUGUGCUCACAGUUUGAUUUGCGUGCCUCUCUAUGACACCCUCGGGCCUAGUGCUGUGAAUUUUAUUAUAGAUCACGCAGAAGUAGAUUUUGUUUUCGUCCAGGAUAAGAAGGUUGCAAAACUUUUUGAUCCUGACUGUAAAUCUGCUCAGCGACUGAAAGCGGUGGUGUGCUUCACUUCAUUAACGGAGGAAGAGAAAGACAAGGCAGCCAGCAUUGGAGUGAAGCAAUAUUCAUGGGACGAGUUCUUGGACAUGGGGAAGGAAAAUCCAUCAAACGUUUUACCCCCUCAAUCUCAUAACAUCUGCACAAUAAUGUACACGAGUGGGACCAGUGGAAACCCUAAGGGAGUCGUUUUGACGCACGAGAACAUAGCCGCACUAGUAAGAGGAAUGGAUCUUUUCAUGGAACAGUUUGAAGACAAGAUGACUGUGGAUGAUGUGUAUUUGUCUUUCCUCCCAUUGGCUCACGUCCUUGAUCGCACAAUUGAAGAGUACUUUUUCCAUAAGGGUGCAUCUGUAGGAUACUAUCAUGGGGAUCUUAAUGCACUGAGGGAUGACUUAAUGGAGUUGAAGCCCACACUGUUCGCUGGGGUCCCACGUGUAUUCGAAAAAGUCUAUGAAGGAAUCAAGAGCGCAGUGGCGGAGCUAAAUCCUAUAAGGAGAACAGUUUUUGGCUGGCUCUACAAUCACAAACUUGGGUGGAUGAAGAAAGGAUACAAACACAGCGAAGCAUCACGUUUGGCAGAUCUAUUGGCCUUCAGAAAGGUUAAAGCUCGGCUAGGGGGGCGUGUUCGACUUAUAAUAUCUGGAGGCGCAGCCUUGAGCACUGAGGUGGAAGAGUUUUUGCGCGUUACGUCUUGUGCCUUCGUAUGCCAGGGCUAUGGGUUGACCGAGACAUGUGGGUCCACUACCCUGGGCUUUCCUGAUGAAAUGUGCAUGAUCGGCACGGUGGGAGCUGUGUCCGUAUACAAUGAGAUGCGGCUGGAGGAGGUUGCAGAUAUGGGCUACAAUCCUCUUGCAACUCCUCCCUGCGGUGAGAUUUGUGUCAGAGGCAAAACUGUAUUUACCGGAUACCACAAGAAUCCCGAGUUGACGAGGGAAGCCGUUCAAGAUGGCUGGUUUCACACAGGGGACAUAGGAGAAAUGCUUCCUAAUGGCGUUGUCAAGAUUAUCGAUAGAAAGAAGAACCUUAUAAAACUGUCCCAAGGAGAGUACAUAGCCCUCGAGCAUUUGGAAAACAUUUAUGGAAUCACUCCGAUUGUUGAAGAUAUAUGGGUCUAUGGGGACAGCUUCAAGUCAAUGCUGGUGGCGGUGGUGGUUCCAAACGAAGAAAUGAGCAAGAAGUGGGCAUAUUCAAAGGGCCACACGGUUCCUUUCCCAGAACUCUGUGGUCUAGACCAGCUGAAGAAACAUGUACUAUCUGAGCUCCACUCUACCGCGGAGAGGAAUCGGCUCAAGGGCUUUGAACGCAUCAAAGGAGUCAUUUUGGAACCCCUGCCAUUUGACAUGGAGAGAGAUUUGGUGACUGCCACGUUGAAAAAGAGAAGAAACAACAUGCUUAAAUAUUACAAGGCGCAAAUAGAUGAACUAUACCAAAGUUUGUCGGGAGACAAGAAUAAAAUAUAGAGAACUGGAAUUUGGAUCUUCUCUGUUAUUUUUUUCGAUCUUUUUUCAAAUCCUGUGAAGGAAAGAAGGCAAUUGUAUUA